CCAUGUGUCUAUCUAUGCAUGAUGAAUGAAUGCGGCAAGCAGAGAGCCGCUGCUGUUCUGUCAGUGUGUCGGUCACGCACACACGCCAUGCUUGUAUGAUGCAUGUCUCGCCGAUGCAUACAUUCAUGAACCAGACAUGCAUACGUACCUCGUUCCACCUCUGUCCGUCCAUGAGUGAGGUCACUCAGCUCAUGCACAGCCAUAUAUACAAUAAAGAAGAAGCUGAUGAAUAUCUAGACAUCAAUCAGGCUGCAGCACUUGCACGCACAGGGAGCAUCCUCUCUCUCUCUCUUCCUUUGCACACGUCCCCAUCCACGUAUGGCUCACAUGAAGACCAUCCUAAUGCAGACACGACUUAAACGCACGUCCAGGCAUGCACCCUUUCUGGCUGUCUCUCCUCCUCUCUUCCCAGGUAGGUUGAUGUCACUAUCGAUCGACGCCCGACUCACUCGUGCAAAAACGAAUAACACAUGCAGGAACGAAAAACACAGGCAGGCAGGCAGGCAGGCACCUCACACACAACCACUCAAACACACAAAUACCCUGUCUGCUCGACCACACAGCACUCCCCUCACCCCACCACAUCACACCACACACCACACACCAUUCCCCCUUCCCCUCCGUCUGCCGGCUCACUCGACGUCCUGUGGGUCGCGGCGCACCGUGUCACCCCAGUCCUGCUUGUCAGAGUCUGCGUCACUGCCCUCCUUCUUGUAGCCGUUGGCCACAGGCGCACUCAGGCUCGCCAGCAUCGGGUCCAUGGUGGACGUCUUGAGGACCACCGUCAGGUCGCGGUUGCCGGUGAUGGUGUAGGUGUAGCUGAGGACGCCGCCUGUGGGUGUGAUGGUGGUGCCUCCCUCCUCCAUGGCCGCAUAGCCGACGGCCGUCACAGUGAUGGUGGUGGGGUGCGUGGACGGACCCUUGGUGUGCGGGAACACCUUGCCCUCCGUGGCCACGUGCACAGUGGUCGACCCGUCGGCAUGCGGCACCACCAAACUGAACGGGCAGAGGCGUCACAGACAACACACACACACACACAAUGCAUGAUGUGCCGAGCACGAUGUGUGAACUUGUGUCGCUCCCCUGCUUACUCGCUUUUGUGUGUGAUGUCGAACCUCCCCACCAGCAUGAGGUCGCCGCUCUGGCCGACCUCGAGCCCGUCCGCCACGACAUUGUUGAUGACCUGCUGGUCGAUGGUGACAGGGCCGUUCUGUGUCACGCCGAAGUUGCGUUCGGUGAGGGCCGUCUCGACGCCUUUCUUGCCGCCAGCGUGCAGUGCCAGAGUGCCGCUCAACGGCGGGACGUCCAUGUCGGUAACCGACACGUCCGACAGAGGGCCCUCGGUGUCACGCGUGAUGGCCAAGGUGGUCUGCUGCGUCACGGCGGCGCGCGUGCCGUCGGCGGCCUUCAUGAUGCUGAAGUUCGUGCUCUUGUUCUUCAACAUCGUGCACUUGAAGGCCGUGUCGAGUCCAUGCACUGACGCUGUGAUGCGAAGAUCUGAGCGCGCGGAACGGGAGAGGGUGCGAGAGGGGUGGCGCACUACGUGGACGAGCCGACAGCCGCGGACGAUGAGUGAAACCUGCGAGCUUUUCUGUAGCUGAUUCCGUUGCGGUUCUGCUCGACACAUCAAGACAAGUCAAGACGUCAUUUGCCGUCCC